CCGAAUAAUUGGUACAGCAAAAUCCUCUUAAUUGCCUGAGCAAAAUCACAAUCUUGUCCUGCAUCUGCCACAAAAACAGUGGGAAAUAGAGAGUCCGUACUGACAGAUGUUGCUAAUUUUCUUCCCCAAUUUUGUCUCCACGUCUUCCCUUUUAGUUUUCUUCCCUUUCUCAAACCCUCAAAACCCCCCACCUCACUUCUUUUCUUCGGGAUUUUGAUGGAAUUGAAACUGCAGGAUUCAUGAGGAGGUGUGAGCUGAGUUUCUCAUCCGAUAGUUAACAGAUCCUGGAGGAAAAGUAGAUUUUACCGGUGAUGGACUGCAACAAGGAAGAGGCCAUCAGGGCCAGAGAUAUUGCAGAGCAGAAGAUGCAAAACAAGGAUUUUUCAGGGGCUCUUAGGGUUGCAUCCAAGGCCCAGCAACUUUGUCAGGAACUGGAGAAUAUAUCUCAGAUGAUAGUGGUGUGUGAUGUGCAUUGUGCUGCUGAGAAACGAUUGUUUGGUGAUGGGAUGGAUUGGUAUGCCAUACUUAAGGUUGAGCCAACGGCUGAUGAAGCUACAAUCAAGAAGCAGUAUAGAAAAUUUGCACUCCAACUUCACCCAGAUAAGAAUAAGUUUCCUGGCGCGGAAGCUGCUUUUAAAUUGAUUGGGGAUGCACAAAGAGCUCUUUUGGAUCAAGGUAAAAGUUCUACACAUGACAUGAAACGCAAAGUUACUGUUAACAGACCAUCUCCAGCCGCAGCUUGUCGGCCUCCGCUGAACCCAAGUUGGUAUCCACAUGUGGCUGCUCAGAAUAACUUCUGUGCCAACUUUCCUGGCUUGAAUUCUCAACAGAAACCGCAACCACCAACUCAAAUGGGUUUCUCCAAUGGCCGGUCCACAUUCUGGACCAAGUGUCCAUACUGUAUGGUUAAGUACCAGUAUACAGAAAUACUUAAUAGAUCUAUUAACUGCCAAAAUUGCAAGAAGGCCUUCGUUGCCUAUGAUUCAGGUGUUGUUCCACUGGGAAGUAACAUGUGUCGGCCAAUCUUUCCCCAACAAGGAGUUGCUCAGAAUCAGGGUGCUUGCAAAGUUGAUCAAGGGUCGCAAAGGAGUUUUACUACCGAGCAUGUGUUUACAGCCUUUACUCCAAAUGCAGCCCGUGCUUCUGAGGCUGGGACGAGAAAGGUGAAUGAUAAAAUAGGAAGGAAGCAAACUGUAGAAUCUGAUAAAAGCAGUAAUGAGUGUGAUGAGGAUAUUGUUAUUGAAGGCAAUGGUGAUCUUAUGGGUAGAAAGAAGUUCAAUUCUCAAGUUGAGCAGAAUGUGUGGAGAUCUGGUAGGCAAAAGCAACAUGUUUCGUAUAAGGACAAUUUAAAUGCUGAAGGGGAUGUUCUUAAGAAACCUGAGAAAGUUUAUGCUGAUGGCCUUAAGGAAAACUUAAACCCCAUUGUUGAUGAUUCUGUGUCAGAUUCGAGCUUCAAAGAAACAAAAGAGCCCCUGCUCUUUGCAUACCCUGACCCAGAGUUUUAUGACUUUGACAAUGCGAAGAAAGAAAGCUGUUUUUCAGUCGGUCAGAUUUGGGCUUUGUAUGAUACAUUGGAUGCCAUGCCUAGAUUCUAUGCUCUGAUCAGAAAAAUCUUCUCUUCUGGGUUCAAACUGAGGAUAACCUGGCUAGAACCAGAUCCAGAUGAUGCAAAUGAAAUAGGAUGGGUUAACGAAGGUUUACCGGUUUCUUGUGGUAAAUUCAAACUUGGGGCCUCUGAAAACACUGACAACCGUCUUAUGUUUUCCCAUUUACUAUAUUGUGAAAAAGGAACUUGUAGGGACACCUACAAGAUUUUUCCAAGAAAAGGAGAAACUUGGGCCCUUUUCAAGAACUGGAGUAUUGAUUGGAAGUCCGGUGCUUGCACUGACCAGAAAUUUGAAUAUGAAUUUGUUGAGAUUUUAUCCGAUGCUGCUGAAAGUGCAGGUAUACAGGUUGCUUACUUGACUAAGGUGAAAGGCUUUGUUAGUGUAUUCUGUCCAAUGAGUAAGAAUGGAGUUGCUACAUUUCUUAUUCCCCCCAAUGAACUGUUCAUGUUUUCCCACAAGGUUCCAUCCUUUGUGCUGACUGGUGAUGAGAGACAAGGGUUGCCAAAAGGUUCCUUUGAACUCGAUACAGCUUCUUUGCCCAAAGGUAUUGUCAUUGCAAAGGACUUGAAGGCGAAUGGUGAUAGCAGACAUCUUAAUAGUUCUUAUUCAAGUGCUUCUGAACUACUGAAGCCUAUUGUGGGAUCUGAUAAACCUCCCUCUCAAGAUUCGACCUCAAAAACUUUUGCGAUUCCAGAAUCUGAAUUUUACAAUUUUGAUGCUGACAAAUCCCAGGAUAAGUUUCUUGUUGGUCAGGUCUGGGCAUUGUACAGUGAUGAUGGCUUGCCAAAAUACUAUGCUAAGAUCAUGAAAAUCGAGUCCGACCCAGUUUUCAAAAUACAAGUGAGAUGGCUUCUUCCUUGCCCAUCUGAAACCAGAACCGAGUGGUAUGAUAAAAACAUGCCCACUUGUUGCGGAAGAUUUAGGAUUAGAAAGCGUUCCCAAACCUACUCCUCCACCGUCUCAUUUUCUCAUAAGCUAAAGGCAGAGUUUACCGUCAGUAAGAAUGAAUAUGUCGUCUCGCCUAGAAAAGGCGAGAUCUGGGCAUUAUAUUGUAACUGGACUCGUGAAAUUAAAUGUUCUGACUUGGAGAACUGGCGAUAUGACAUAGUGCUGGUUAUGGAGGAAACCGAUAGGUGCAUAGAGGUUUUAAACUUAGAACGAGUUGACGGCUUCAAUUCUGUUUUCAAGGCUCAAGUACAAGGAGGAUCUAAUGUUACAGUAGAAAUCUCUCGGAUGGAUCAGCUAAGGUUCUCUCAUCAGAUACCAUUUUUCCAGUUAACCAAAGAGAGGAAUGGCAGGCUAAGAGGUUGCUGGGAACUUGAUCCGGCUGCAUUGCCGGCACAUUACUUUUCUUUUCAAUUAAAAUAGGAAAUGGCAAAGAGUAGAACUCCAUUACUGUCUUCUUAGAUGUCUAGGAACAGAACCGUGGGUUAAAGUCUCAAUUACUUAGCUGCAACUGAAAUGCUUUGCAUCAUGUUUUUGAUGUGAGGCAUAAACCCCCUUUUUUAUUUUGUGCAAUCAAUGCAAUGCUCUC